AUGGGGGCAGCUGAGGUCCCCAAGACCCUCUGCCCCCAGGUGAUCGCCCGGGAGUCUGAAUCCUGCUUUGCGCCCGGGCCUGGGCCUCGGCCGGGUUUCUCUCCCCCUAUGCCCCGGUGUCCGCUUCGAGAGAGAGGCUCCCCGGGCUCCGGGGCGCGGCGGCCCGAGCGUCCGAGUCCCCGCCACCCAGAGCCCCGUCUGCUUCCCUCCCGCCGCUCACCUGACCACCGCCGCCCGGGUUACAUUGUAUCCUCCCCGCCGGGCUUGUUACAGCGUAUCCACCGCCGCUUUGGAUACACUGUAUCCGCCUCGCUCGCUGCUGCCUCCUGCGGUCGGGAGGCUCAUGACACCGGCGGAGUUUGCGCGUUCCACCCCCGGACCCAGGCCUCCACCUCCCAAUCCAAGAAACGCGAGACCCUUCAUCCCAAUUGUUGA